UUGUCAUAUCUUUGUCCGCAACACGGGCGUAAUUUUUCGGACAAAUCGGCAAAACAUUAACUGCGGUCGCCGGGGGCGUCUUCUGAUUGUACCGACACCGGUACACGCCACGAGAGCCAUAAGGCUCCGAGUUUCUCCUCCGCGCAACAUGCCGGAAACUCGCCGGAGUCAAUCUAACCAUGAACGAAUCGACAACUCCGAGAAUCAACACAGAAGAGUUGUGAUAGAGAACAGUCAUGGUGAAAAACUGGUUGGAGUUUUGCAAGAUACCGGCUCAACCGAGACUGUUGUCAUCUGCCAUGGAUUUCAAUCAUCAAAGGAUCGUAUCCCCAUGAGAACAAUUGCUAAUGUCUUUGAAAGAGCAAAGAUCACUACUUUCCGGUUUGAUUUCGCUGGCAACGGGGAAAGCCAAGGAUCAUUUCAGUAUGGUAACUACCGACGUGAAGCUGAAGAUCUGCGCUCUGUUCUUCAACACUUGCGUGGGGAAAACCGUGUAAUUUCUGCAAUCAUCGGACAUAGUAAAGGUGGGAAUGUGGUGCUUUUGUAUGCAGCAAAGUACAAGGAUGUGGAGACUGUUGUGAACAUCUCAGGACGGUUUUUUCUAGAGAGGGGGAUAGAAGGGAGGCUUGGUAAGGACUACAUGAAGAGAAUCAAAGAGAAUGGGUUCAUCGAUGUUAGGAACAGAAAGGGAAAGUUUGAAUAUAGAGUAACAGAAGAGAGUCUAGUGGACCGUCUCACAACUAAUACUCACGAAUCAUGUCUCUCAAUUCAUGAAAACUGCAGGGUGUUAACAGUUCAUGGGUCAGAUGAUAGGAUCGUACAUGUAACAGAAGCAUAUGAAUUCGCCAGAUACAUAAAGAAUCAUAAACUCUGUCUUAUUGAAGGAGCUGAUCAUGAGUUCACUUCUCACCAGCAUCAGCUUGCUUCUACUGUUUUAUCAUUCUUCAAGAAAGACGACUAUGAUGAUGGUUCAGGUGAUAUCAGUGCCAGUAGCCGAGACCCGUUGAGACCCGUUGUUUCGAUUACUUCACGAAUUUAGAAUUCAGUACAGGCUUGUGCUUAGUGGAUUUAGUUGUUUAUGAUUAAUAAAAUCUUCAUAUUAGUUACUA